GGCCCACCUGUGUACUACGUGGUGGCAGCAGUCGACACUGCGCACACACUUGUUCGUUUAUGCGACUACACACUCAGUGAUUCUAGUAUUCUAGUGUAUUCAAGAUCGAUCGACGCACUCACUCUUCACAACUCUACUACCUACACACAUAGACGAUAUUUUUGUCGGGGCCUCAAGAGUAGAUCGAGACGAUCCACAGGCGAGUGACCCUUUACUCUGAGUGAGACCAGUGAUCAGCUAUUUAGUGUGCAGGAUCUUCUGAAUCUGCUCAUAUCAUCAGUGCUCUUGUUCUUGCUCCUGUUCCCGGUCGUUUAUAUUUUAUUUUCUACUCCGUAUAGUAGUAGUUUGUCAAUUAAAUCCACAAGUGUCCAGCGGUUUACUCACUACAAGACACCUCUACUCGCCAAGAGGUUACUCCGCUGGAAGUUCAUACGUCCACAUGUGGGGGCAAUAAGGGGAAGGAUAAUACACCCAAGAGAAGGGGUACUUUAAGCUAAGGUGAUUUUAAAAUCUACGAUACCACCAUCACAACAGAGUCAUUCACCCGUCGGUCAUCGUCGCAUCAACACCUUUGUUUUAUUAUUACUAUUAUUUUUUUUUUUUUCAUUAUUUUCCCACAAUUAUUUAUUUCCAUACUAAACUUUUAUUUUUCAAUCAUCUCGAAUUGAGUCAACACUUAGUGCUUGUGAUUGUGUUUAGUUUUAUUUUAUAAAUUAUUUUUACUUCCAAAAAAUCAAGACUAUUAUAAAUUUUUAACUACUAAAGCUAAGCAAUGACUAUUAUUUUAAAAUAAACAUUUUUUGGAUUUUCGAAUUUUGGUGAGUGAAGUGAAAAAAAAAAAAAAAAGUGGUUUUGAUUCCUUAAUGUCGGUUUUUAAUCGUCAAUUAAAAAAAGCCUGAGGAUAUCGUGUGACGUGCAAAAUUAAUAAUCAAAGAUGAACCAGCAGUGCAAAGUGUGCGGGGAACCGGCCGCGGGAUUUCAUUUUGGAGCGUUCACUUGCGAGGGCUGCAAGUCAUUUUUUGGACGAUCUUACAACAAUUUGAGCAGCAUAUCCGAGUGCAAAAACGGCGGAGAGUGUGUGAUCAACAAAAAAAAUCGCACAGCCUGCAAAGCCUGUCGGUUACGAAAAUGCCUUUUGGUAGGGAUGUCAAAAUCUGGAUCACGGUACGGCCGUCGCUCUAAUUGGUUCAAAAUCCACUGUCUUCUGCAAGAGCAGGCUCAGCAGCAGCAGCAGAACCAUCAUCAGCAGCAGCAAAAUCUCCCAAGCAGACCCGCGGCCCAAAACCCUAGUCUUCAGGGACUGCAGUCGCGCAGCAAAGAAGAUUCGCUCAUGCUCGGCAUAGACGACUACAAGAAUUCAACAUCUCCGUCAAUCAGUUCCCCAGAGUCCCACAACAGCGACAGCUCGAUCGAGGUGUCAGAGAGACGCGCAGCUUACGGUCUACACCCGGGGUUCAGGCCUCUGCAUCCACAUCUGGCUACCCCAGACCUCUCUACUCUCGGCAAAGACAUGAUGGGACUACCUCUGGGCUUUCCCUUCGGCAGCAUGCCCAUGAUGCCUCCCUCAUUCUUACCUCCCUCAAUGUCCAUGAUUUCUCCUUAUCUAUACGCCUCAUACCCACACAAUCCUAGUCUCAUUUCCCAUUCACUUAAUCCUUCAAUUUCUCAAAACACGCCGCCAUCAAUUACCGACGAUUGUAGAAACAAUAAUAAUAAUAAUCGAUACGUAGCGAACCACAACGUAGUCGAGGAGUUACCAAACAAAAAAAGAGUUUACUUGGACGCCGUCCUCAAGAGCCAACUGUUGCCGGCUGCGAAAAAACCCCGUCUAAGCUCGCCGAGAUUUGACGACAGCCUCGAACAAGAUUCCGACCGGUACGAGAACAGUUCACCUGAUGACUGCUUGCCGCCACAAGACACGCCGAUUGACUUGUCAAUGAAGACAACCAGCGUGAUUGUCACCAGCGAGGACUCGGAUGACGAUAACCACAACGAGGACGAUGUAGAUUUGGAAAGCGACCGCGGGAGUCCGUUUAUCAUCAGACGGCCAGCGCCGAUCGAUCUUACCACAAGAUCGUAAUUUAUGCGUAUUUUUAUACGUAAUCAAUCAGAAAUAAUAAAUAAUGAAUGCCACCGUGUCUCAAAGCUAAUCUAAAGAUUAAGAUUACUCUGAAGGAUAACAUUGUUAAAUGCUAAUCGAAUUUAUGACAUUUAAUUUACGGUUAAUAACGUAUUAACAUAAUAAUGUCGAUGUUUUGUGAAACUGUCGGAUUAACUUUUUAACUUCGCGUGACUUUGAUACACCUUUUGUUGUCUAUAUUAUAUUUUAAAUUGACACGAGUUAACGAUUGGCUUGUCAUUGGUGAUUAAUUACCAAUAAAUUUAAAAAACUGAACAAAAAAAAGGUUCAACUCGAAGAGUUUUAAAUAAAAUUACUGGAGACUAUUGAUCGUUUGGCAUCGCGUACAAACUAAAAAUUUUUUUAUUUUUUCUACGGUCAAUAUUAUAGUGAAUUUUGAAGAAUUUAUAAUUUUCACGUUGUUGUAAAUAAUUGUAUUAAUUAUUUUAAAGGCCAGUAAUUAUUGCUAUUGUUAAAUUAUAAUAAGAAUUAUAGUUUAAAUUAUUAUUGUUUAUUUAAAUAAAUAAUACAAGUGCAAUUAUUUAAUUUAUAAAAUUUACUGUACAACUUUGUACUGCGCAAUUGAAUUUAAGAUUUGAAAAAAUUGUAAAUAUUUAAGGUACAAGUUUAUGUUACUUGAUUUUUUUUUUAUUUUUAAUAAUUGAAAUGGGACCGAAGCC